CAUUGGCCAGCGCGUGACCGCGCCCUCCUCGCGUGUACUAUGCCAUGCGCGAGCUGUGCGGGAGACUGAAAGCGCGCGCUAAGGAAGGCGCUGCCGCCGUGCGGGAUUAGGCAGAGAAAGAGGGCGUGCUGCCACAGUGCGUGUGCCGGUUAUACUGGCGGUGGAUGAGUUUGCGCCUGUCAGUGAUGUCACUGGCUGCUGUCCCGCAUUUUUCCAGUCAGUUGUUCUUCUGAAUUCACAUCCGGGUACCAGAGCAUAAUUGGUGUGUAGUGGCGAUUACUAUGCAUUGUCGCAAGAAACGGAAGAGCCGCUCUGACGGAGCUGACAGCCAGUAUGUCGCAGAAAAGGAUGAGGACUGUUCAGAAUGUAGGAUCAAUGUUGGUUUUGAAAAUAGAACAGAUGACGAAGGGCCAUCUAUUGUGAUUUCUGAUAGUGAUGACGAGGUAAUGGAGAAUGGAAGUAUUUUACCAAAAAAGAGACUCAGGACUCCACUCCACCGAAAAACUCUGGCAGUGAAAAGAAAAAUUGCACAUAUGACUGAGGAGGAACAACUGGCCCUGGCACUAAAGAUUAGUCAGAGGGAGCAGACUAAUCAUGUGAAAUACAGACCAGAAGAAGAUGAGCUUUUAAAAGAGGAUAUUCAGAGUUGUCACGUUCAUGAUCUUUCCACUAGUGACAGAGGACAUGAUUUAACAAAUCAAAAACAUUCAAGUGAAGAACACACCAGAUUACAGGAACACAGCGAGGAACUGCCCUUAUCCCAAUCCUCUAGAUUUUCUGGUGAAAGCUCCUCAAAAAGCCCCAUGGUGCUACUGAAACGUUUAAGUCAAGAUAUUGUAGAAAGUUGCAGUGUCAUUUUGUCUCCAAAUCACAAGUGCCCUGUUUCAUACCUAGAAAGCUGUAAAGCAUCUCCACCGUCUCUAAAUAGCAGUGUUGAUGUACUAAGCUUGUCACCAUUUAAAGCAGUUGCUUUGAGCCCUGUCUUUCCUCUGAAGACCCCACAUUUACAUAGAUUGUUACCGUGCAGAUUAUUUCAGGACAAAAGCCCAAGUGCUGCAAAGUUACCUGAUGAAAUAGAUGAUCAGUGCUCACACUGUUCAGAAAGUUCCCAGUUGGACUCAAUUUCGGCGUUAAAUACCUCAACUCAGUCUGAGUUCUCCAAAGGGGAUAAUGUGCCUCGUAGUGAGGAGACCUGUGGAAAGAACAUGUGCAAUGAGAAAUCCACGAUGUUGGAUAAAACCAAAAUUGCUCCUGUGGACCGAAUUGAACUUUCUGCUUGUAGAGGAGUAAAGGAACAGAAAGGUGAAGACACAGUUCAUUACUACUGGGGUGUUCCUUUCUGUCCACAGGGUGUAGAUCCCAGUGAAUACACCAAAGUCAUUCUCUGUCAGCUUGAUGUGUAUCAGAAGAGCUUGAAAAGAGCUCAGCGACACCUCUUGCGUAAAAUGGACUAUGGAGAACCCAUUCAGCUAGCAGCUUCAUGUCAAAGCUGCAACGAGCAGGUAAAAGGGAACGUCAGCCAAGAAGAAGAUACAGAAGAGAUUAUAGAGGAUUGUGACCUGCAAAAAAGGGAACAAAGCGAGAAGGAGCCUCCCUGUGAUUCUGAUGGCUCAGAGGAACCACAUGUGUCAAGCAAAAGACAAAAGGUUUUUCAGAGUCCAGUUCAUAAAGUCUUGGAGGUUGCCCAUCCCUCUCCAGUUAUGUUAGAGCCAAGUCAUUCACAGGCGCUGUUUACAAAGGGUCUUCCAGGUGAAUGUGCGGGGGUGACUCCAGUGGCACUCGGUGAGAGUGCUGUGUCACCAACUGUUGUGAGGAGUCGCAGACGCCUUAUAGAGCACACGGAGGAUGUCUUGGAUGAAGAAAUUACAAUUUGCCCAGAGACACAGCCCAGUCCAGCCAGACAAGAGGACUCUGACCGAGAAGAUGGUACAGACUUCACAGAGCCAACCCCUGUACCACAGACUUGUGUGUCUGAUGGGUCUCCUGUAGAAGAUGUUAUAUGCCUGGAGCAAACCUGUCCUAAAAACGUGGAGUGUCCAAUGUGUGGGUGUACAUUUUCCCGGUCCCAGAUUGAGAGGCAUGCAGCAUACUGUGAUGGGACGAAUAGUCAGCAAGAAAUGGCUGUUUUGAGACCAAGACACAAAUUAAUGAGAAGAAACCAUACUGGAUCGGAUGUCAGCAUCCUAGCGGCAGACUCUGGCAAGUAUGAGAAAUGUUACCUGUGUAAAUCACUAGUACCACUGACAGAUUACCAAGCACAUGUAGAUAACUGCCUACAUACUGCAGAACUGGAGACUGAGGGGAGCCGGAGGAUCAGAAGCAACAAGCAGGCAUCUGCAGGACGAGACGGCAGGCUCCUGAGCAUGCUGGAGCAGUCAGAGUCCCUCUCAGAAGGACCAAACAGUAUUGCCAGAGACUCUCCUUAUGUCAGCCCUCCUAGAGAGGAAAAUAAUGGUAAUGUCAGCUCUGAGCAUCUGAACUUCACUGACUCUCCUAUCAGAUCUUUUGUGUCCAUCUCAGAGGCCAGAGACUGCCUGGUGGACUUCAAGAAACAGUACAGCCGUCAACCAAACUGUAAAGGAGCCAGCCGUAGAGGAAAGAGACAUAAGAUGUGAUGUUACUGGGUUAAUAGAAAAUGUAAAUGUCACACUGCCAGGACUAAGUAAUGAAUGUUGCCUUGUGUAAAAGUUGUCAAAAACUGGUUCAUUUGUAUGUCGUUUUAGAUGAAGCAAAACUCCCUGUAACUGAGCAGUUUGUAUCUACAUAGACCAUAUAUUUUCUUGGAAAAGGUUUUUCAUCUAAUAUAUAAACCAUCAUGUUUCUGUAUAUUUGUUUGAGGGGCAGAUGUAUUAAGCCUGGAGAAGUGAUAAAGCAGUGAUAAAUGCAAGGUGAUAACACACCAGCUCCAUUAUGUAAAUAGCAGUUUGGAGCUGAUUGGCUGGUGCGUUAUCACCUUCCACGUAUCACUGCUUUAUCAUUUCUCCAGGCUUAAUACAUCUGCCCCUCAGUCUUUUACUUCAUAAUACAUGAUGAAACUACAACCAUUACUAAUGGAAAAUAGUCCAUUGUUUCUUCAAGUGCCUAAAUAUAUAAGUAUGUAAUAUUGUUUUAGUUUCAUUAAUGGCAACAACUGAGUUUCUAUAGUCUGCUGAAUAAACACAUCAAUCCAGGUGUCAGAACAUAGAGAAACUAAAUAAAAACACAUCUUUUCA